AUGGGUUUUUGGGACUAUUUUACUAGAACAUUCGACGAACAAGAAAGCGUCAGUCAGCAGCCGACAUUUCAAUCGUCUGUAAAAUCAUCUAAAAUUAUAUGCAAGCCAGAUCAGGAAGGCCAAAUGAGAUGCACAAAAUGCACAACAACAAAAGGAAGUGAUGAAAAUGGUUCCUGAGUCGAAGAAGACUAUGAAGAACUGCCUUAUAAUGAAGGUUUUAAAGGGGGGUAUGAAGUAGAAGAUGAAAUUUUUAAGGAAAUGGAAAAUAUGAUGCAGAGGUUUAUGAGACCUUUUAUGGAUUUUGAUAGAGAAGAGGGUGGAUUACCGUCAUUUUUUAGAGGAUUUUCGUUUAGAGAGGGAAGUGGGCAGGAAGAUAGAUAUUUUGGGUAUAGAGAACAGAAAAAGCCUUAUGGGUAUGAUGAAGGACAGCAUGGAUUUGGGAAUGCGAGAUUUGGGGAAGGAUAG